AUGUAAGACUUAUCAAUUCUUUAAGAUCUCCUUCCUUAUACAUGGCCAGAACAUUAAGAUUAGAGAAUUAUUCUUAUCAACAAUCUUAAAGAUUAAUUUCAUUAAAUUUUGUAAGCCAACCCAUGUUUUUAUGAAAAAAUAAGAAGAAUUAAAUAAAAUUUAGCCUUGUAAGGUCCAUAUUAUGAACUUAUUGAAGAGUUUGAAGAGGAAACUUAUACACACCAUAAAUUAAAACAUAUUUUAUAAUAUUUACAUUUUGAAGGAGAAUAAAGACCCACAAAUUUAAAAUAAUUUUUAAAUCCACAAAAAUUAUAAAAAUUAAUUUGUGAUAUUUAUAGAAUUUUCAAUAGAACCAUAUUAGAUUACUAAGCUAAAUCAAUAGUUUAUCCUUAAUAUUUGAAAUUAAGUUUAUCAAUCUUUAAAAAAAUAUCAAAUCAAAACUUUUUAGAUUAAAAUACAUUUAACUUUAUUUGUCAUUAUGCUAGUAGAAGAUGUUAUACAUUAAGAAAAUAAUGGUAAGAUUUUGAUGUCAAUCAGCCAAAAUAUAUUGGAUUAACAUAAUGUUUAAAGAGAAUCUAAAAUUGUAAUUAACCUAGAAUAAAUUCUGUAUUAUAAUAUUUUAAUAAAUAACAAUUAAUUUUAUGCUUUAUACUUUAUUGCAUCAUAUAAUGUGAAGAAUUAAUUGCUAUUUCAUUAGGAGAAUAAAGUAGUAACUCUUUAAUCUAUCAUGAUGAUGAAUUGAUGAUUCCAUAAGAAAUAUCUAGUGAAGAUUUCUCUUGGCAUUAUAAUUGUUUUACUUAAAUUCGAGAUUAUUUUCCUAGAUUAGCUUAAAAAUUAAAUAAAAGAAUGAAAGUAUUAAAAACUUUGCCAAUUUACAAUGAAUAAACUAGAAUUUAAAUUUUUAAUUAUACUUAAUUAUUACAUGGAUAUCAAACUAAUUUUGAAAACACCUUAUCUGAAGAUAUAAAAUCCAAUAUUAAUCAAAUAUUAUAAUACUAACAAAUUGAUUGUGAUCCAGGACUUGUAAUCUUGGUGGCCAAUGCCAAAAUGUAUACUUAAUUGAUGUAUUCACUCAUGUGA